UUUUGAACUUAGAAGAGAAGAUGAGAUGGAGAUUUUCGCCCUGCCCUACCUUUUUGAACCGGAAUACACAGAGGAAGAAAUUAGGCAGAUGGACGAGAAUGCUGCGGCGACACACACCUCUCAAGCAUCGGGCAGACGAAGAUCUAACGAGACGUGGUGGUGCACAUGUGGCAAAUGCCAACCAUUGCCAACAGAGGAAGAAUCUCAAUGCUGCCACGACUGGACCAUUUCAAUCCCGCCAUUAGAAUCAAUCGAGUCAGCUGGUGAGACCCUGUUUACAUCUCGCUGCAUUACCCAACAAAAUGGAUUUCCACCGUUACUGAGCAACAGCGUGUUAGAGGUGUUUUUUAGUUUGCCCAAAAUUAACUGGAGACGCCGUCCGAGGCCCCAAGGACCUGGUGGCACCCUAACAGUUGAUCAAUAUAGGCUGGUGGCAUACCGGAUAGUUCUGGAAUGGAUGCUGAAAGGGGAGAGAUUUGGAAGACGCAACAGGAGGGUUCUUCCAUCCUGUGUUGUCAGUGCCAUCAGACUGUCAUACCCUUCUCCAUCAGGACAGUAUGUAGGCUUCAGAGAAGCAGAAGAGGCUUUUGGUCUUUUGUAGGAAUAAUAAUUUGAAAUACAAUUUGAAUUACAAGGUUACAUUUUUUAUAUACAUUAUAAUUUGUUGUGGCUUGUUUGUUACUGUAAUUGCUGUAUUAUUAUUUUUUUUUUUUGCAUAGUCAAUGUUAUUUGUUGUUGUAUAUACAUCAACACUACAUACUUAUUGAUGUCUCACACAAAUGUUUA